CCACUCGUUUCUGCUGGUUGUGUUCUUGCAACCAUCAGCAGCAGACAUACAGCGAUCAUAAGAAAAGUACUAAGUGAAAAAAAUUGUAACUGCAGGAAAACCAAAAAAAGUUCUAUUCUAAAGCUUUAAUAUCGUGUAAAGGUAUUAAUUUCGUUAUUCAAGAACCGAGAAAUUCGUUCGAAUGUCAUAGCAUCGCGCGGUACGUACUCCGAUUGGAAAUAAUCGCCAGCAAAGUUGGUCACCAUCGACGGAGAAGUUUGAGUGCCUGAGGUGUUGUUUUGUACUAAGACUGAGCAAUUGUACAUAGGUAAAGUUAAGUUGAGCCUUACUAGGAAAAGCGGAUAAAUUACAGCAACAACAAAAAAGAAUGGAAAAAGUGUAUUUCUUCGUUUAUGGUCGUAGCUGAAAUCUGAUUCCUCGCUGGUUCCUCAAACUGCGGAAUACUGCUAUCGAAGUGUACAGCUAUAUCAACCGAGUCCGGAGUACGAAACGGAAAACCUCGCCCUCGAAAGUCGAAUCGUAACUUCGUUCGUCACAACUGUGCGGAUUAUUCAUUGCGCUCGUGACCGUGGGCAGAUUAACAAACACUGAAUUUUGUUUUUGAACCUGCACACAAACGACGACGCCAACAGCAGCCAAAACGCCGGGCGUCAUUGAAUGAAAACCCGCGGACUCCGCAGCAGAUAAUGGCAGAACAAUGUAUCGUCACCAUUAAGGAAGAGCAACAGCUUCGUCAGUGCAACAGUCCUCCGCUGGGGGUGGUCCUGAAUGACUCAUCUACGGUGACCGGUGGUUCUCCGAUAACUAUCAUCACACCGACGUCAGGGCCUGUUGGUACCGUGCUGCAUCCCACAACAGCGUCCGGUUCAUCGACGCCAACCCAAACGGGGACCAUUGGUUGUGACGGCCAGGAGGACGACGAUGGCGAUGUGGACGGCCGCCGAGAGGAAGUUUACGAGUGGUACUACGUAGACAAGUUGGCAAAUGUCGGCGCACAUCCGCCUGGCAGCCAGAUUCAGCUGGAAACACCUGGAGCAGUCGAAGAGAAAAGCGGUGGUGGUGGAUUGAAUGUAGCAAAACCAAAGCGAUUGAGCGAUGAGUUCUACUCAGCAGAUGAUGACUACGAUGAAGAUGAAGAUGAUGAAAUGAUUGGUAGAGACGUGGAUAACGCUAACAGUUUAAGUGAUAAGCGCAAGAAUAAGUUGAACGUUAGAAAAAGUGGUGAUGCAGACUCUGAAGGGCAUGCCAGUUUAAGUGAGAUUAAAAAUCUAAGUAUCACUAACAGUGGUACUGAGCAGAGUGAAGAUCAUUUCGAACGGGAUGAGAUUUCCAUUUCCGAUCAAAUCUAUAUCAGCGAGGAAACGUCUUCUUGCAGUAGCGGGCACCAGCGUUUAGCAGCUGAUCAGAAAGUCGCAUCUGGAGGAGUUCAGGAAAUGCACGAGCAUGUUCAGCUGGAAGAGGAUAUACCGAUAGCGAUGGAGCAGGAAGCAGCAACGGAAAAUGAAAACUUUGUCGUUAGAGCAGACCUCCACGAUGAUGCACAUGGCGGUGGUGACGACCACGACGAUGGUGACGACGAGGAUGAUGAUGGUGAUGUAGAUGAAGAUGUGCAAUCUAUCGAUGCAAUCGAACGUCGGGAUUUUGAGCUGGAGCAAAAGCUGACUGGAGGAAUUAUAAUUAAAAAUAGCGCGUUUAUACCCGAUAGACUGAAUUUAGAGUUUAUAAGUAGGAUUAAAAGAAGUCGCGAGGACGAACUGGCGCAGAAAUCUCAGGCCGAGCGCAAGAUUCAGCUUACGACAACGCCAACUAGUAGUAGACAGCACUCACAAAAGAGCGGCAGCAGUAGCGCAACUAAUUCUAAUAAUACUAGUAAUAGGGAACAAAACAGUAAUAGUACAACAAAGCCAGCGGCUAAAGCAAAUCUUUCAGCUAGUCUAGAAAGCUAUUGCGCUGGGUCUACAACGAUUGCAAUGGAUGUAACCGAAGGUCCAUCUUGUUCGUCCUCGUUACCUUCGUCUGCGUCUUCUUCAGCUUCCAGUAGUAACAAAGGGCUGCGUCGUCAACAGCAACAGCAGCUUGAUGCAUUUUCCAACAGCAACUCCAACGAUAGCCUAUCUUCGGACCGAUCCAUUUUUAUUCCAAACUUACAGGCGCUCAAAUCAAAAUCGACAAGCAAGGAAUGUUCACCAGCACCGAACAACAGCCCUAUUAAUGACCCGUGCACAUCGUCAUCCUCACCGUCACCUUCUUCGGCAAGUUCUGCUGGUCCUUCCACAUCGUCCUCAUCUGCGGGGUCAACCAAACCCCCAUCCGAUUGCAGUCUUUCAUCCUGUGCCACAUCAGUCAUCAAACAAACCGGGGAAUGCAGCAAGAACAUCAACCACAGUCCAAUUCCUUCGUCUAGCAGCAAUUCGACAGUGUUUUCCUUCAACUGUCCCUUUAGUAGUGCUAACCGUGAAAAUACCGAAGGGUGUAGUUCCGGCCCAUCUACACUUGGUAGAUUUCCUUCCUCAUCGUCAAAUUUCGUGGAUAACAUCACCGACGAUGUUGAACCACAAAGUUCUUCUCAUCGAAAUAAUCGCCACAUCAACGAAUGUAAUCAUGUUGAAGAUCCGCUAUUAGAACCAUCACAAUUGUCUAUGCCAGCUGAAUUGGCAGCAGCCGCUGUGGCGGCUGCUAAUGCCAUCGAGCAUGAAUGCGAUGAAGACAACUGGGCAGACUGUGAGGAAGGUUCUGACGAAGAGAUCUGCACUUGUCGAGAUUACACUGAUGACGAAGGGCACGGCGGUCCCGGAGGACUCGGAGGUGGUCACGCCAGCAGUGAAGAUGAACUACCAUCUCGGGACGUUGAUCUGUCCAGUUAUACUCAUAUUGAUGCAGCAGAAGACAUUUUGGUCCACGAUCACUGUGGCAGUAAUAGCACCAAUGGCGCAGCCACCGCCGCAGGUAGCAACGCACAAACGCCAAGACUGCAUCGAAAGCGGAAACUGACCGAAAACAGGUUACUAUUUUCCGCUGGUAGUGUAGGAUCCACUGGUCGUUCCGCCGGGACCGGCGAGAUGGGUGCUUUGGGUAACCAUUGCGAUACCACCAGUUCUGAGUCGCUCAACUUCAGUAGCCGUAAACGAUUAGCGCUAGAUAGUAGCAGUUCGCCGAGAACGUUACUCAGCCCGUCUAAUCUUACUUCAACGCCAACUUCCUCAACAAUGGGCGAGCGAAAAACUCCUCGCAGCAUCAUCCCAACCAAAGAUAAUCCUCCUCCAGAAUUAAACGAUUGGUUGCAACAGUUUCAGCGAUGGACUCCCGUCGAGCGUUUGGUGGCCGUGGAUCUGCUGAUCGAGCACUGCGAACCGACCCAAGUACGACACAUGAUGAAGGUGAUCGAGCCCCAAUUCCAGCGUGACUUCAUUUCGCUACUGCCAAAGGAGUUAGCCCUACAGGUGUUGUCCUAUUUGGAACCGAAGGAUCUCCUUCGUGCGGCCCAGACCUGUCACAGCUGGCGUUUUCUCGCGGACGACAAUCUACUGUGGAAGGAGAAGUGUAAAGAAGCCGGCAUCAUAAUGGAAGCCUUGGGUGGGGAUCGUCCGAAGCGGGGUCGUGCUGGCAAUAUGCCGCCAAUUUCGUCGCCCUGGAAGGCAGCCUACAUGCGCCAGCACAUCAUCGAGAUGAACUGGCGCUCCAGACCGAUCCGUACGGCCAAGGUGCUGAAGGGUCACGACGAUCACGUCAUAACGUGCCUUCAGUUCUGCGGCAACCGAAUUGUGUCCGGUUCCGACGACAAUACGUUAAAAGUCUGGUCAGCAAUCACCGGGAAGUGCCUUCGAACACUGGUUGGUCACACCGGUGGAGUCUGGUCGUCACAAAUGUCUGGCAAUAUAAUCAUUUCUGGCAGUACUGAUCGCACGCUAAAGGUGUGGAAUGCUGAAACCGGACAGUUGCUGCACACACUUUAUGGUCACACAUCGACAGUUCGCUGUAUGCAUUUACAUGGAAAUAAAGUCGUUAGUGGUUCUCGAGAUGCAACCCUACGAGUAUGGGAUGUUAACGAGGGCACCUGCCUGCACGUACUUGUUGGCCAUUUGGCGGCUGUUCGCUGCGUGCAAUACGAUGGUAGACUAGUAGUUUCUGGAGCCUACGAUUACAUGGUUAAAGUGUGGAAUCCUGAACGACAAGAGUGUUUGCAUACACUCCAAGGACAUACGAAUCGUGUCUAUUCACUGCAGUUUGACGGUAUUCACGUUGUCUCUGGUUCACUUGAUACCUCGAUUCGAGUAUGGGACGCGGAAACGGGUAGUUGCAAACAUGCACUGAUGGGGCACCAAAGCUUGACCUCAGGUAUGGAACUGAGGCAAAACAUACUUGUAUCGGGAAAUGCUGACUCGACGGUUAAAGUUUGGGACAUUAUUACCGGACAAUGUUUGCAGACAUUAUCGGGUCCAAACAAGCAUCAAUCUGCCGUGACCUGUUUGCAGUUCAAUUCCCGCUUCGUUAUUACCAGCUCCGACGACGGAACCGUUAAGCUGUGGGAUGUUAAGACUGGCGAGUUUAUUCGUAAUUUAGUAGCGCUAGAAUCGGGUGGAUCCGGAGGAGUCGUUUGGCGAAUCAGAGCAAACGAUACCAAGCUGAUUUGCGCCGUCGGUUCGCGUAACGGUACAGAGGAAACCAAACUAAUGGUACUCGAUUUUGAUGUGGAAGGUGCCUGCUUGAAAUGCUCAUAAGUUUGAAUAAGUAUACUCUCAAUACUGUCUCUAAGAAAUUCCACCCCCGCUCUCCAUUUACUUUCCUCGCCUGCGACUAUCGUCUAUCGAAAUCCCACGAAACACGAUUUUGCCUCAGAAUAACGCGCCAAUUUCCCAAUUCCCAAUACCGCUGAAAGCAAUUCUUCAACUCAACCGGUGGUACGCCAACUUUGAGACAAUUGCACAGUUAGUUUGUAAUCACCGUAAGGUAAGAGGUAGGUAACCUGUAACGAUACAAAUAUUAGGAACUCAAAUUAACGUAUGUCCCUGGUAGGGACUGAGCGGAGCCAGCGGGGAAAAUAUUACUGUUAAAGGGAAAUGCUUGACACGCAUAACCGCCGAUAUCGUUUAGGUCGAAACCGGAGAAGAUGUCCACGUUAGAUUGUGCGCACGUCCUGCCGUACUGCUUUUUCAAAUGUCGAUGGCAAAUGUUUUUUUUAGAAUAUUGUUGAAAUUUGUUUCUCUGUUGAGUUGAACAGUAUACUUGUUUCCUUUUUAUUAACUUCACCCCUAUGAUUUUACUGUGGCCGAUGGAAUAGUUAAAAUAAUGGACACAUAUUAUUACGUUUUUCGCCUUAAAUUGUUUAUGAUCGUGUGAUUUUGAAGUUUUACAACUGAGAGGCGCAAGAAUUGACAUUCACAGGACUAAGCGUGAAAUAUCUUCUCCGCAUUGAUUCGAACUGAUCGAUGGAAAAAAAUGCUUUAAUCAAUAAAAUAGAACGGAAUGGCUUUUGCUUAAGUUUUUAGUUAUCGAUCCUCAAUGUUGAAGGAGCGACGGGAAAAACAUCGAUUCAACUGGCAGGCGCAAGCUUUUCUCACAAUGAUAGUCUUUGAUUAGCGGCAGUCUAUGAAUCCAGACAAAAUCACAAUUUAUCACACAUAAUUUACGAAUCACCUAACUCAAAAAGCUGAUCAAGAAAGUUAGAAUCAAAUGUAACACACACACACAAAAAAAUACCGUAACUGUCAAAUACGAUUUGUAUAAUUUAGUUAGCUGUCUGUUAAGGAAUUCGAUGUCGAUGUAUGAUAGGUUCCAAUUAAUUUGUUUUCUGUUUAAUUCCGUUGUUUGUAUAAAACUUUGCAAUCGUUUUCUUCUUAGUAUGAUUUCACCUCAACGAUGCACUGCUGGUAUGCAUCUAUCACUUUCGAGAACAUUAUUUCCUGUUCUAAUUAAAAGUAAAACAAACAAAAAAAGGCAGAAUAACUUCUAAACCCAAAAAAUAUACGAUAAUUUAGCAACAGAAAAUGUCGAAGAACAACAAUAUAAAUCGAUAAAUAAUAGAAAAUUAAUAAAAUGGAACAAUUAAUAUUGCAUUACAGUCUAUCGCGGAAAUGAAACUGGAA